GGUGCUUUCAUCAAAUAUUCAAAUUCCCCUGCUUGAGCUUAUUAAGCGUUCGAUAUUAAUAAAAUAAUAAUAAUCUUAAAGCGUCGUGUUUGUUUUUAGAUAAAACAGUAAUUAGUUACAUUACUUGACGUAUUUAUAUAACCGAUAAGAUGAUCAGUAAAUCUUCUUGGCACCCUUUACUUUUAACACUCCUCCUCACUACCGUGGAAAUGAAGAAGUUUAAGGUGCUAAUUACAAAUCCGAAUGUGCCUCGAGUAGCUUAUGACCUUUUAACACAAGCGUGUGACGUAGUGACAAACCAAGGAUAUGGCCGAAACUAUACACUAGAAAACAUCAAAGGUGUCGACGCCUUAUUUUGUGACUCCCAGGCUAAAGUUGACAAAGAGCUUCUCGAUGUGGCUGGUUCCCAAUUGAAAGUUAUUGGAACAAUGUCGGCAGGAUACAACCACAUCGACUUAAACGAACUGAAGUCUCGCGAUAUUAAAUUAGGGAAUACCCCGGUGGUAUUGGACGAAGCUGUAGCUGACGUAGCUAUGAUGCUGGCCAUGGCUGCCUCUCGUCGUUUAACCGAAGGCAGGCGACAUAUUGAACAGAAUACUUGGCCCUCGGAUUGGGAUCCUCAGUGGAUGUUGGGCCAGGAUAUAGCCGGGUCAACUAUUGGGAUAAUCGGGUUAGGGAAUAUUGGUCAAAGUAUUGCUAAGAGGCUUAAAGGGUUUGAUGUCGCUAAGAUUUUGUAUACUGGACACAGAGAGAAGCCUGAAGGAAAGGCUUUAGGAGCCGAAUUCGUCAACUUAGACACCCUGAACAAAAACAGCGAUUUCAUCUUUGUAGCGGCCCCACUUACCAACGAAACGAACCAGAUGUGCAACUCGGACUUUUUCGCUAAAAUGAAAAAAACCGGGGUGUUUAUUAACAUUAGCAGGGGACAACUGGUGGACCAAGAAGCUUUGAUAUCCGCUCUCAAAAACGGUGAAAUUUUCGCAGCUGGUUUGGAUGUGAUGACCCCGGAACCGCUUCCCGCGGAUAGUGAAUUAUUGAAGCUGUCCAACGUCGUACUUACACCGCAUAUCGGCAGCGCCACCUUGAACACCAGAAACGAAAUGGCACGACUCACUGCACAAAAUAUCCUCAGAGGUUUGGGAGGCGAAGAAAUGUUUACUCCUGUUAAACUUUAAAUGUGGUUUGGCAAUAAACGUUUAAAAACUG